AUGCCGUCACCAAGAAAUGUAAAAGAGGUGCAAAGACUUACUGGAAGAUUGGCCGCUUUGAACAGGUUUAUUUCGCGAGCAUCUGAUAAGUGUAGAUACUUCUUCCAGAUUCUAAAGAAGGCAGAAAGAUUUGGCUGGAACGAGGAUUGCGAGCUUGCUUUUGACGAAAUCAAAAGGUAUUUAACCUCUCCUCCUGUGCUCACAAGCCCGAAGACGGGACAAACCAUUUACAUAUACCUUGAUGCAAGUGUAUAUACGGUGAGUGCAGUUUUAUUCGUCCGAGAGCCUGAUGAAAAGCCAGUUUACUUUGUUAGCAAAUCAUUAACAGAUGCAGAGACUAGGUACUCAAAAAUAGAAAAAAUGGCACUAGAUCUUAUGCAUGCAGCAAGACGUCUAAGGCCAUAUUUUGAAGGGAGACGACUCGUGGUAUACACUGAAUAUCCGCUUAAGAAAGUAUUGGCAAGAACGGAUGAUUCAAGUAGGCUAGCAACAUGGGCUACUUGCCUUGGCGCAUACACCAUUGAUUACGAGCCAAGAACAACAGAAAAAGGGCAUGCUAUAGCAUCACUGAUGGCAGACUUCCCAGUGGAUGAUAUUGAGGUUUCUGAAUCCAUUGUCGACGAGGAAAUCCUACAUGAAGCGGAAAACGUGUUACCAAUACCAUUGCCAUGGGAACAUGUGAAAAUAAGUAAGAAAGCUUCGAAACAAAUAGAUGUACAAACGAGUAUUAAAGACUCGAUGUUGAUACCUGAGAAGAACAGUGGGAUAUGGAAGAUCUAUACUGAUGGAUCGGCAAAUACCGACGGAGCAGGCGUUGGUUGUGUACUAGUUUUCCCAGAAGGAUUGCAAAUAGAAAAAGGCAUCCGGUUAGGCUUUACAGCUUCAAACAAUCAGGCUGAGUAUGAGGCUGCAAUAUCGGGACUGAAAGAUGCACUUCACUUGGGGGCGCGGAAAGUCGUACUGACAACCGACUCGAGAAUUGAACAAAAGCCAAGACUUGAGAACAGGCAUGCAGACGCCCUCGCUUACCUAUCAGCAGCAGUAGAGUCAAAUACAACUCAAUUUAUCGUGGUUGAUUUCCAAGAAUUUCCUAGCAUUCGCAACACUGUUGCCGCUGCACAUAUAAUUUUUGCAAAUGAAAUUGGGAGUGGCUCGUCCAAAGCGCAACACGAUCCUAUGGAUAUUGAUGAAAUUCUCAAUGAUCAAUCCGAAGACUGGAGACAGCCGUACAUUCGUUACCUACAAACACAAGAGCUUCCAGAUGAUAAGUAUAAAGCCGGAAAAAUAACAAGAACUUCUUGGAGAUACACUAUGAUAGAAGAUGAACUAUAUAAGAAACCUAUCGCAAUGGAACCAUACCUGCGAUGCGUAACACGAGAUACUGGGAAGCAGUUGUUAGCAGAGGCACAUGAAGGAUGUUGUGGGAAUCAUUCUGGAGGCAGAAGCCUGGCACACAGAUUGCUGUCUCAAGGAUACUUUUGGCCCUAUAUGCAAAAUGACGCAAAGAAGUACACAAAAAAAUGUGUGGCAUGUCAGCUACAUGGACCUCUAAUAAAGAGACCGGCAAAUGAGUUACAUCCAGUAAAUAGUCUGUGGACAUUCAGCAAUUGGGGUUUAGAUAUUGUAGGUCCAUUCCCCAUGGCACCUGGGGGCGUGAAGUAUUUGUUAGUGGCGAAGGACUAUUUCACUAAAUGGGUGGAGGCAGUAGCGCUGGUGAAAACAGAGGCAGUACAUGUCCGUAAAUUCAUCUGGGAAAACAUUGUAUGCAGGUUCGGCGUGCCAGCAAUGAUCGUUUCUGACAACGGAAAGCAGUUCGACUCUGAAACGAUCAAGUCACUGUGUGAAGGAUUACAUAUUAAACACAACUUUUCUACUCCUUACUACGCACAAAGUAACGGACAAGCGGAGGCAACAAAUAGGCUUAUCUUAGAUAAUUUGAAGAAAACCUUGGAUAAAGCCAAAGGACGGUGGACUGAAUUUUUACCAAGAGUUUUGUGGGCAUACAGAACGACACCAAGACGGUCAACAAGAUUUUCUCCGUUUACACUAGCAUACGGGACAAAAGCUGUACUUCCCAUAGAACUAUUGGUACCAACUACAAAAACUUUAGCGGAGCGCUCGGGUCAGAACUCAGAUGUUCUUUCCAAGGACAAGGAAUUCCUGGACGAGGUAAGAGAUGAAGCUUCAAGAAGGCUGUCAAUAUACCAACAAUCCAUGAAACAACAGUAUAACAAGAAAGUACGUGAACAUCAUUUGUUCCUGGAGAGCAGGUCUUAA